AUGGCCUACAACUAUGGCCCUCCACCCGGUGCAUAUCACGGAGGAGCACCGCAAUUCCCUCCGCCGGGCUUCAAUGCCCCUCCAGGAAUGGAUCCCUCCCAAUUCGCGGCCAACAUGCCCAACAUCAACCUCAAUGCGCCCGUCAUCCGCUUGGGCGUCGGAGCCGAUCCCCACCGGCCACACAACCACCACGACCGAGGCGAUGGUAGAGGGAGAGAUGGUGGUGGAGGGGGAGGCGGAGAUCGACGUGGUCCGCGCAUGGGCGAUGACGGCAGGAAUCUGGACCGCGAGCGACAGCAGGUGCGCGACUCGAUGAUGGCCAUGCAGCCACCGACGCGGGAGGAAGUGGCGAGGACCAUCUUCGUGGGAGGACUUGUGGAGGGAGCACCGGGAGACGAUCAAUUGGACAWGUUGUUGGCGUGCGCGGGCAAGUUGAGGAGAUGGACGCGCGCGAGGGAUCUGCAUGACCAUGCGUGCAAGUUUGGAUUCGCCGAGUAUGAGGAUGUCGAGAGUCUCGAGGCCGCCAGUGAGAUUUUUGGCGAGGUCGAGGUGCCACUCUUCCACCCCGACGGCACCCUGCAACGCGAGACGGGAGGCGAAGGAGAAGAGGCGGGCAAGGUGAAGAUGUGCAAGUUGGUGGUGGUGGUGGAUGAGGCCAGCAUCAAAUACAUCGAGGAGUGGAAGGGCAAGCGACGGGAGAGUGACGAUCAACGCGCCUUUCGCAUGGAAAACUGCCGGGAAGAGGUGCGCAGUGUCGUCGCCCGCAUGCUCAAUGCCACGGCCUACCACGCCAAUGGACAGAAUGGAGAUCGCGAUGGAGACGUGACCAUGGGCGACGAUUACAAGGUGGAAGUGCUGAAUCUGCCCAACAACAUGGACGAUGAACUGGCCGACAUUCCCGUCGAGCAGCGUGCCACCGUCGCCGAGGAAAUCAAGGCCUUCCGUGAUCGAUCGCACCGGAGGGACAUUGAGAGGACGGACCGCGAGCAGGAGGCGGAGAGGGAGGAGCGGACGAGAAAUCCUCGGGUCAAUCGUCUCCAAUCCCCACCUCCCAACACCAGCUCUUCCAACGGCAUCCCCGUCGGCCCACGGGGAAGUCAACGCGUGCAAGGCGCUCCUUCGGGGCCCAAGAGUCAGCGUCAAAUCCCCAGCGACUACGUCAACGGCGUCGCUUUUGUCGGGCAAAACGGUGGAGCCAGCUACGUGCCCCUCCGCGAUGAUGAAGACGCCGAGGAAUCCGACGAUGAGCUGGAGAGGAGACAUCAGGCGCGGAAGAAGGAAGAAAUGGAUCAACAAUUCACCGACCACGUCCGUCGCUGGCAAAACCGCGAGCGUCAGCGUGGGGCUGCGCAGGAGCGGGAGAGGAAGCGAGAGGAGGACGAGAAGAGAAAUCUCCUCAAGGCGAGAGAGGACAUGCUCAUGCGUCUGGCGAAUUGGAGCGAUGAACAGGAGCGAAGACAUCCGUACUACAAGGAUCCCUCGCAGUGGUCUCGCAAUCGCGCCUACGCGGUGGAGAGGGAGCGGAGGGAGGACGAUGACGACCGUCGGGCGGAAGAGCGUGAGAUGGAAGAACAGCGACAGCGGGAGGCGGAAGCGAGAGGUCAAGCUGGAGACUUCCUCUCCCACAUGAUGGAUAUCGACAGCGAUCCCUCUCGUCCUCCACACCAAAACUACCAUCAACAACAACAAGAUCAAGGCGGACGUGUCAAGAUUUCCCUCGGAACCGCAAAGGCCAAGACGGCGCCUGCGCCUGCAAAGCGCCAAAUGGUGGAUGUGGAAGGAUUGCUAGACGACGAAGAAGACGCCGCCACUUCGGGUGCCAAAACUCAACUAUCACUCAAACCUCUCCAAGAUACCUCCACUCUCCCCACUUCCGGUGCCGAUCUCACCGACGAUGAAAAGGCGGCGGCGCGCAGACAAUUGGCGGCGGAAAUCCCCUCGGAUACCGACAAGUUGUACUCGCAUCCCGUCAAGUGGAACUAUCUCACCAAGGAACUGGUCGAGGAGCAAAUCCGGCCGUUUGUGGAGCGCAAGGUGUUGGAGUUGUUGGGCAUGCAGGAGGGGUUCCUGGUGGAUAGUAUUGUCGAGGGGGUGUUGAGUCAGAUGGAUGCGCGGGAGAUGGAAGGCAUGGUCGAAGGGGCGCUGGAUGACGAGGCAGGUGGGUUGGUGAGGAAGGUUUGGAGGUUGUUGGUCUUUUGGGGCGAGUGUGAGUGGAGAGGGUUGAAUUAG